AAGCACCCUGCUGCUGGAAGGACCAUUUCUUGCCCGGACUAGCGGACACCUGCCCAAGGUGAGGCGCGGCCGCCGCCGCCUCCUGGGCACUAUAUAUAAGGCAGGCCGGGACAAUAAGAGGCAUCAGUCGCCGUCCUGCUUCUGCCAUACCAACAUGAGGGUCCUGAGCAUCAUCCUGCUGGCCGUGGUGCUGCUGGUCGGCCUGGUCGCCGGUCGCCCCAACGAAAUCAUCGACGUGGACACUGACGCCUUCGAGCACGAGCAGAAGGGCGUGGCGGGCUCAGCGGUGCACGGCGAGUACGAGGCCCUUGACGCCCACGGCAACGAGUACGAGGUCAAGUACGUGGCCGACCACCUCGGCUUCCGCCUCGUCGACUAGACGAGGACUCACGCCGGCUGCCGGCUCUGUCGCCUCCCACUGUCUCUCGUCCGCUGUCACAACAACUCUUGAAAAAUAAAACUGUCCCGGUAA